AUGGCAGGCGUUUCCUUUUCUGAGAUUCUUGCUGGCAAUAACAUGAACAUGGAUAAGACACCGAUCGCAGGCGGCGGCGGCGGCGGCGAUGCAGGAGGAGGUAGCGGCGCCGGCAAUGGCCCGGAGACGCAAUCCUCGUCCGACGCGGUGGCGCCUUCGCCGACUCCUCAUACGGAGUGCGACAUCAGCAGCAUGCCGGACUCCCCCCUGCGCAAGCCCGGCCACCGGCGCGCGCUCUCAGAGAUCAUCGGCCUCCCCGACGACCUGGACCUCGGCGCCCCCGGCGCGGGCGAUGCGCCCGCGCUGUCGGACGAGAACGAGGAGGAGCUCUUCUCCAUGUUCCUGGACGUUGAUAAGCUGAAUUCGCGGUGCGGGGCGUCAGAGUCGGAGUCAUCGUGCGCCAUGGCCGGGGGUCGGGGAGAGGCAACUGAGACGUCUGCGGCGCCUGGGGCAGGUCAUGGGCAGAGGCAUCAUCACAGGCACUCGAUGGACGCCUCGAGCUCCAUCAACGCAGAGCAUCUGUUCGGGACAACGGCAAUGGAAGGGGUGUCGCCGGCAGGGGUGAAGAAGGCAAUGUCCGCCGCAAAGCUUGCCGAGCUAGCGCUCAUCGAUCCAAAGAAGGCAAAAAGGAUUAUAAAUAAUAGACAGUCAGCAGCAAGAUCAAAAGAAAGGAAGAUGAGGUACAUUGCUGAACUUGAGCGGAAGGUGCAGUUCAUGCAGAGAGAAGCCACAGCACUGGCAACCCAGCUGGCAUUGCUACAGAGAGACACAGCUGGGCUGACGGUUGAGAACAGCGAACUGAAGAUACGUCUGCAGAGCACAGAACAACAAGUCCACCUACAAGAUGCUCUGAACGAGGCCCUGAAAUCGGAGCUGCAGCGGCUGAAGGUGGCGACAGGGCAGAUGGGCAAUCAGAUGAUGAUGAACUUCGCCGGACCGCCGCACGCUUUCAGUGGUGGGAAUCAGCAGGUCUUCCACCACCCCAGGCAAGCAAUGCCGCCGUUCCUGGCGAUGCAGCAGCACCCCAACCAGCCGUUGCACCCUUUGCAGACGCAGCAGCUGCAGCAGGCUGCGCUCAGCCUGAACAUGAAACGGCCGCAGGCGGCAGCUCCUCCCGGCCAGUGGCAAUGGGGUGGUGAUGCGUGGUCGGAGAACAGCAGCAGCUGA